UCUCUUUCGUUCUAUCUGAAUGUUGAAAAAAAUGGGAAUGAUAGGUCCUGUGAUAUGGGUGUUCUUAUUUGGUUGCAUCAUUUAUCACAUAAUUGUAAGUGAUAAAAAUGGUUUCGUUGAAGCCAAGAGAUUUUCUAAAUUUGAAGAUUUAGAAAUCGAGAAUAGAAUAAAGGCUAUGAACAAACCCGCAGUCAAGAUCAUCAAGACUAUAGAUGGAGAAAGCUAUGGGUGUGUGGAUUUCUAUAAGCAACCAGCAUUUGAUCACCCUUCUAUGAAAAAUCAUAGAUACACGAUGCGUCCAAUAUGGAAAGGAAUUAUGAGAAAACAAAAUACAAGCGAUGCUGAAUUUGGUUAUUUAUGGGAGAAUGGUGUGGGUUGUCCUGUUGGUACGGUCCCUAUACAAAGAGUCACCAAAGAGGAUAUUUUGAGAUUAGACUCAUAUGGCGAUAAUCAUAAACCCUGUGGCUCUUGGAACACGACCAGUUAUGAUCCUAAUAGUCCUCUUCAUUUUGACCAACAUCAUUUUGCCGUAGCUCGGACGAAGAACAUAGGAAGGAGGUUCCAUGGAGCAACAAUGGAGCUUUGUAUAACCGCGCCUAAGGUUAAGCCGACCCAAUACAGUGCUACUCGAAUUCACGUUCAGAUCGGAAGGGAUUUCAUCCAAGCCGGUUUGACUGUAAAUCCAGUAUUGUACAAGGACCACCAACCUCGGACUUUCGUCUAUACAUAUGCACAUGGAAAAUCAUGUUACAAUAGCAACUGCAACACUGGGGUGUUAGUCCUUCGUCGAGACUUUCCAUUUGGUAUGGCAUUGAAGCCAGUGUCUAUUCGUGGUGCUAAUACGAGUUAUUAUGGAAGCUUCCGUCUAGUCAUGGACCAAAAAUAUGAAAAUUGGUGGUUUCAAUUUGGUAAUAAUGCUGUAGAAAUUGGACUUUGGCCGUGGUAUAGGUUUAAUCAAAGCUUCGGAAAUUUGGUCGAGUGGGGUGGAGAAGUGUACAGCGCAUUUCUGCCCAGUCCUCAAAUGGGAUACGGAUAUUUUCCUGUUGAGGCAGUACGUUACGAUGCAUAUAUCCAAAAUAUAUCUGUACUCGACCGUGAUUAUAACACAGACCACAAUGUGAUGGAUCUCGAAGACUUUUCGGAUAACACUCAAGGCUAUAAAGUGAUAGACACCCGAAAUCCUAAACAUCGUGGCGGUCAUAUAAUCUUUUAUGGUGGUCCAGGAAAUAUUUGAAAAUGAUUAGAUCUUUAUAGUAUGAAAGUUAAAAUUACAUUGACUUAAUUUUACA